AUGGGCAAGCGUCGGAUGGGAGAAGGAUACCCGCAGAUGGGUUUAGGAUGGGUCAGAUGGAUGUGGAAUAUCAUCUGGUUUUGUCACGAACAAGCAUCUCUUCGGCUCGCAUACACCAUCAAGGAAGAAGACAUUCCUGCUGCACUUUACAUAAAUUCUGAUCAGACACAGGUGGUUUAUGCACAGGGUUCUAACUUUACCUGGGCGAAGACGGGGGCCAACACCAUGCUGCCCCUGCAGGCCAUCUAUCAAGGAUAUUCCAAGGCAUCACACCCCAGUCCGUCGGCCCAAGAUUACGAGAACUGCAUCAAAGCAGGGUUCCUUCUCGAACAUUCCAACACGAAAAUCAUUACCUGGUUAUGGGAUGCGUUCAUGACUGUCAAUAAGCCUGACAUAGUAAAGAAGAGCCUGACGAGUUAUGCUGUGCGAGAGAAGUUGAGGAACCUCAAAGUUGAUGAUCCACAGUUUUGGGAAGAACUCACAAGUCACACACCCCAAGAGAUGAAGGACAGCACCACAAGCAAAAAUGAGAACAAAAGCAAAACCCAGGGAGUCGAAAAAUUGAAUGGGAGACUGAUAUUGAACACUGAGGCGGAGAGCAUGGAGUUUGCAGUGGAUGUGGAGGACACUGACUGCGAGCCAGAUCAAGUGGCAUUAGGGCGGGGAAAAAGGAAGAAAAAGGCAAACACAUUGUACUCACACAGAUUUUGGCACCACCAUGAUGAUGGAGAGUCCAUUGGGGCAAAUCUUAUCUUUAACCCCAACCACUAUGAUGGUGCAUUGCAAGUGUUCAAGAACAAAUCCGGAGCUGAAAACAUCACAAAAUUAGACUCUCAGAAGACGAAAAUUCAAUGGUUGCACACCAAAUGGGGUACAAUCAGAGGACUCUGUGAAGCUGUAGUAGUCAGAGACAUGUCAGUCAGCCAGCCAGUGGCGGCUUGCAUCGUAUCCCUUGCUGACUCGCUUCUUCUUGUAGGCACCACUAUGGUGGUUUAUCCAGUCUACCUUGAUGACAUCAUCUUUCACACCAUCUCAACAUACAAGGACAUAGCUGGGUUAGGGCUGACACCAUCGACAGCUCAAAAGGUCUUCCAUACACAUGUUCAUCCAGAUGCUGACAAGGAUUUCCGAGCUAUAGCAGCUUCCAGUGAAUAUCUAAAAGCGCACUGGUCACCAAAAGUCCAAAACCUAGAUAAGAUAGCCUCAGCCACAUCACAGCCAUCAUGGCCACCCAGCCCAGAUCAGACCCAGCAGUUGUCCUUGUCAUGGUGA